AUGACCUCGGAACCAAGAGACGACGAAGCAGCAGCGACAACGGCUGAAGCUGAGGUAGAAGAAAACAACAACGCCAACGAUGUCUUGACGCUCAACAUUAGCGGCACAAUCAUGCAAGUGCUGCGACGAACCUUGUGCAGUCAUGGGCACUCCUUGCUUGCAACUCAGUUUUCAGGAAAAUACGACUGCAAACUGAUAAAAGAUGGGGACGGAAACUUCUUUGUAAACCAGUCGUUUGCUCUGUUCACAGUUGUACUAGAUCAAUUGAGAUCACGGGACACCUGGACAUCGAAUGCGCCACCUUUGGAAUCCCCAAUGAAGGAAGAUUUCGCAAAUCACCGACAGUAUCUUCAGUUUUUGUCGUUGGUAGAGUACUAUGGGUUAACUCCAGUCAUUUACCCAACGAGGAUAAAAAUCCACAAAGGAAACAAAGUUGACUCGAAGAUUGAACAAUAUCCAUACAAUUUCGUUGCGGCAAUGAAACUAUCGACUUUUGUUAUUCAAACGGAAGGUCACAGUCGGAACAUCACAUCAUUUGAGAUCAAAGUUGGAAAGAUUGAAGACUUUCGAGUUGGUUGGGCAGGGGACGAGUUUGUUAUUCUAGACUGUCUCAAUGCAAAACUACACAUGAAGGGAGGUGCGACUGUGAGCGCUAAAACUCCUUUCAAAAUGGAGAAUGGAGGUGUCAUUCUUUGCGUUAGGUCGGCGAGUGUUUUCACAUGGGAAUUCAACGGCAAGAUUGUCUGCCAACAUGCACUAGAAACUUCAUCAACAAGUUUGAUUCCUGCUUUCAAAGGAAAGGGAGCAUGGCAGGUAACGAACGUGGUACUCGCUACCUAG